AUAUAUGCCUCUACCGUGUCUCUGGAACUCUUCCUGACAUACCUUUUUCUGGUACUUUCCGGGGGGAGUACUCAAUUCGGAGGAUCCUGGGAAACACUGCAGAGCCGUGCAACAUCCGCAUCGCCAUCGUCCGUCAAGGACCCCUCAGAGCAACUGCUGGCUAGCGAGAUCGCCGAGAUUUCACAUCCUACCACUGAUGAUUGCUAGCCUUGAACAAGGACCUGCCGGCCAGGGCCUAGUAGUGUCUUUAGCAGGGCCCUCUUAGAACCAAGGAGUAGUGUCAACAGUACCAAGGAAGCUGCGUGCCGCUGUGGUUUUUGAGUCGACUAAAAAAUCACCUGCCGGCGAGGGCCCAGCAGUGUCUCCAGAAGGGCCGCCUUAGAACAGAGCCGGAAGCUGCGUGUCGCUGUGAUGAGAGCCCUUGAGGUGACUGAAGCCGUGUGACGGUGCAGUGACUGCCUAAGUAGCGUCGCCUCCGCCUCCUCAAGUGCGAGCAGUCACUCUCUCUUUCAAGUCCAAACUAAGCCCCCCCGGGAAAUCAGCGAAUUGCGUGCGUUCCUCUCAACAGUUACAACCUCUUCACGUUUUCGACUGGUGAAUCCAGCUGAAUUUGGCAGUAUUUCGUCCGCGAUAUGCGUGGACUCAUUAUCAGUGCCCCGCUACUUGCAGCAGAUACAAGCGUUCGCCAGCCGCUCUCUUGGUCUCCUUCCAAAACUCCCCCACAAUAACUAUUUUAUCGGAAAACCGGACUCGUUAAGCGGCGGAUUAUAACGGGUCCGGCAUGGGCAGUAUCGUGAACAUCCCCGGCAUCACGAGCAGCGGCAGCACGGCGGCGUUGUUCCACCUCAUCCUCCCGCAACGCUACGUCAUCGUGCUGCUCACGCUAGUGUGCUCCGCCGUGUGCUAUAUCGAACGCGUGGGCUUCUCUAUCGCGUACACCGCCAUCGCGAUCCGGGAAGGCGUGGAUCAGGCGACGAAAGGAUGGGUCAUGUCGGCCUUUUACUACGGAUAUGCCUCCUCGCAGGUUCCCGGCAGUUGGGCGUCCCAAAAGUAUGGCGGUAGACGCGUCCUCACGUACUCGUUUGUAGCCUGGUCCGUUUUAUGCGUCCUCACGCCCACCGAGUCACCCCCUGACAGUACAGGCAGCGGCCCCAAUACAGUCACGCUCGUUGUAAUCCGCCUGCUAGUAGGCAUCGCACAGGGAUUCAUUUUCCCCGCGAUACACACUGUUCUAGCUCAAUGGACGCCUCCCCAUGAGAAAUCGCGCGCGGUUAGUUUAUCAAUGUCCGGAAUGUACCUAGGAGCCGGCAUAGCUAUGCAGAUCUUACCCGGAUUAGUAGCCUCUAGAGGCCCCGAGUCGGUGUUCCAGUUAGUAGCCGCUAUGGGCGUCGCGUGGACUAUUCUAUGGGUUAAGUACGCAUCAGACCCCCCGGGGGGGCCUACGGCGUUUGCUCAUGUGCCGGCUGGGGGAGUGGGCGGAGCAAGCAUGGGGGGAAUUAAAUCCCCAUCAAGUGCAGUUUCAGCGUCGGGUUCAGGGGGAAUGGGGGGAAGAGAGGAGGAGCUUCAGCGGCUAAAGAGACUGGGAGAGGAGUUCACCUCAACGCCUAAACACCUCAAGACGUCCUACAAGCCAUCCAUGGCUAAAGACCCUCCUAUUCCCUGGGUACCGAUCCUCAUGAGCGCGCCGGUGUGGGCCAUAGUAGCCAAUAACUUCACCUUCCACUACGCGCUAUAUGUUCUUAUGAACUGGCUCCCUACUUACUUCCACCAAGCCCUAAACACCAGCCUGCACAACGUAGGGUCCGGUAAAGCCAUGCCAUACUAUAUCAUGACUCUGUUUUCCAAUAUCGGGGGUGUACUCGCCGAUCACUUAAUCGCAAAACGGUACCUGACUGUAGGGGGUACAAGAAAGGUCCUCAACACUAUAGGCUUCUUUGCCUCAGCAGUCGCCCUAGCCCUAACCCCCGUCCUUAAAUCCGUCAACGGCGCAGUGCUCUGCUCGUCUCUAACCCUAGGCGCGUGUGCGAUUGCCCGAGCAGGGUUUGCAGUCAACCACAUGGAUAUAGCGCCUCGGUUCGCAGGGGUGGUGAUGGGUGUAUCGAACACUGCUGGCACCAUGGCAGGGGUGGUUGGGGUGGCAGCUUCUGGGCUGAUUCUCGAGGCGUUUUCAGGGGGAGGAGGAGGGGGAGGGGGGAUUGACCCUGGGUGGUGGUGGGUGUUCUUCACACCGGCUUCCCUCUGUGUGGUCAGUGCGUUGAUCUUCGAUGCCUUCGCCACGGGGGAGAGGGUGUUUGAGUAACUUGCUGGUAACAAGGGAGAAGGCCAGCUGCAGUGUGAAGGAGGGUUUGAUCGCCAGUGCCUUUGCCACGGGGGAGGGGGCGUUUGAGUGAUGCUGUGGGCUCUUGGCCAUCCUACUGAUGCUCGAGUCGACUCGGGUGGCGUGCGGCUACUCUCUGUGUGCUCAGCUGCUGUCUCCUCUGCUGCUGCCUGCUUGGCUGCUGUGGCGUUACCAUCUUAAAGGGUCAACUCAGAGUCGGCUCGCUUCUGAAGUCUGGCCACAACACCUCUCUGCAAUGCUUGCCGUGCUGCGAGUCCCACCUGCUGAGUUUCUCAGACUCACCUCACCACCAAGACACCCCCGAGCUUCAAAGGGUGGUGGAUAAUGCAGUGAAAAGGGGGGGGGGAGUGGGGUGGGCGAACCUGGUGGGACAGGUAGAGGACUCUUCUGCUGGUGAAGGGCGGGUUCAAGAGCAGCACUCAGCAACUGCAGCCAGAGAACCAGCAGCAGCAGUGGCAGAAGCAAAAGGUAGCAGCCUGCGGCAAAUUUUGUCAGAAGUAGCAGCGGCAGUGGCUGGCAGCAGGGCUGACAGCCACCGAACCGACGUGAUGAGGCCUAACUAUCCCUCUUAGUGUUUCUAACAUAGCCUGUAACGUGUGGCCUGUAAAGUGGCCUGUAACAAGACCUAUCAUAGAGAUUCAUCAUUACUUCUGCUGGUGCUGAAUGUUGCGAGCCCAGUAUACCCUAUAACAUGGCAGUGCACAUGUGUACACCUCUUAGUACCCAAUAUGCGAACUAUAAACC